AUGUCUUCAUUGGCUGCAGAACAUCGCAAAAGGCUCAAGGUCUUAAAGCAAGGGAGCAAAAAGGCGACCAAAAAGAUACUUGAUGACGAGCUGCCUAGCAGAUCUAAUGAAGGAUUGCUAGAGUUAGAUGAAGCGGAUGCGACAGAAAUCGAUGCCUUGAAACAAGCAGCCUUUGACAACGAUGAAAAGCCAUUGGUUUCAUUCCCCGGAAGGACUGCGGAUGGAGAAGUCAAGACUGUAGGGUGGCUCGGUGGCCGGGGUGCUAGAUAUAUCAACAUAUAUGGCAGUAAAAGCGCACCGAGGUAUCGCAUUGAGGACUACUGCUAUCCCCCUAAGUACGAUGAUGAGAAACACACGACAUAUCAAAAACAGAAUAUUUCCUACCGGGAGAACAGGUAUGGAGAGAGCAUGGAAAACGGUAAAUACAAAUACACCGGACGUAAUAUGCUUGGGAUUUUCGGAGUUGCCUGGACACCUAAUUCCCCGAACGAACUGGAGACAAUUGACCCGCAGCGGAAAAAAGAAUCUGAUGCGAAAUGGAAUACUACUUAUGUUCUCGUUAAGUGGGAUAUUGAUGGAAAAGAGAUAAAGUCUUGGGAAACGCGAACCUGUAUUCGACGAUUGUGGAAAAGGAAAGAGAUAGCAGAUCAGGCUAUCUACGAUGCGGCGCUUGAGGCCGAAAACAGAUAUAGGAUAGAAAACGGCUUGGGGCGUUUCAGCAGCCGGUCGCCGUCUGUCGGCCUUAUCCACGAUACAGUUGAGCAGAGACGGGCAGAAUCCCUAAAUCCGGUCUCAACAGCUCAGGAGCGCGUUGAAGCACCAAGUCAGACGGCCAAUCCCACUCCGGAAAAUGCUUCGAUCGCCCGACUUCUUGCAAUGCCUCCGGCUUCCGGAACGAUGCAGGAGGCCGCAAAAUUGCGGACACCAGCAGGGCAUGGCGCAUUGGUGAUACGUGGCGAAACAAUGCGGAGGUUAACUCCGCUGUUUGCCGCCCGAGGUCCUUAA